ACCCCAAACAUUCGUUUAAGAUCCUCCCUUAUCCACAUAUUUCGAUCCAAUCUUAAAAAUCAAAACACGAAACAUUCCAUUUUCACCGCUUCGAAACCCUUUCCAUUUCCCCAAAAUUUCAAACCCUAACAUCGAAAAAUCGCUUCCUAUCUUCCCAAAUCGUCAACAGACCUAUCAAUCUUCGUCUUCUUUCUCUCCGGACGGAAAACUAGGGUUCUAACUUCGAUUGUUUUUGUUGAAUUCGAAUCACUGAACAUUGUUCAUCAUGAAGUUCCUAGAGUGUGCUCCUCUUGACCGGCUUAAUGAUUUCUUGAGUAAUUUGAAUCUGGGAGAAAGUACUAUCAAAGGAUGUCUUGAAGCUUAUAGUUGUAAACAUUCUGGAGCAGAUAAAAAACUCUCUAUCAGUUUGGGUAAUGAGAUUCUUGAUUAUCUUGGAAAAUCAUCUGACAAUGAUUCUUCCUCACCGGAUGAAUCCUUAAUAACUAGAACCAGCCGGAAGACAUUGGUUUACCUGAUUCUUGCCCUCUAUCACAUGUAUCCAGAUUAUGAUUUCAGUGCAGUUAAAGCUCACCAGUAUUUCACAGAGGAAUCAUGGGACAGUUUUAAGCAAAUUUUUGACGCUUACAUGUUUGAGGCCUCAAAGGAAUGGGUUGAAACCUUUGGGGGUGCUUCUCUGCUGGACGCCUUGUUCAAGGCCCUUGAUGAGGUGGUGACGUUAUCCGACUGUGAAAUUUAUGGCUAUUUACCUGAUCCUGAGGCAGACCCGUUACCAGAGAGAGGAGCCAUUUGGUCCUUUAAUUUCUUGUUCUACAAUAGAAAGCUUAAGCGGAUUGUGACAUUUCGUUUAAGCAGUUUUAGUAACUUGAUUGCGGAUGGAUUUUCUUUUGACGAGAUACUCGAUGAGUACGAUGAAGAAAUAUUUGCUGACAUGGAUAUAUGAGUUAACAUAAUAUAUCUAUUAUGUUAAUAUGUCCAUACACUCAUCCUCCAAUGUGCAGUUUCUGAAUUGUAAGAUCCUUGUGCAGUUUUUGUAAUAUUAAACAUAGUUUAAAUGGCGUGCUAGUCAUAGAUAUAGUGUUUGUAGGUUGCUACUUGCAACUCUUCAUGUAUGCAUGCAUGCUGUAGUUCUGUACUUAAAUGUGUGCAUGUACCUAAUCGUAUUCAGGACGCCUCAAGUGCAAUGCAAUAAUAAUUAAAACAAACUUAUUUGGCAUUAGAA